AUGGAUAUAGAUAUUCCACCCAAUGAAUAUUUUUCUAGUUAUGAAGAUCUAGAGGUCCAUAGAUUGAUGUUAGAAGACAAUCCACGCACAGAUGCUUAUCGCCAGGCCAUUAUGUCCAAUAAAUCAUUUUUCAAAGACAAAAUCGUAAUGGACGUUGGUUGUGGAACCGGUAUCCUUUCAAUAUUUUGUGCCCAAGCAGGUGCAAAGAAAGUUUACGCUGUGGAAGCUAGCGAUUUAGCUAAUUUAGCAAAGGAUAUUGUGAAAGAAAAUAAUUUUGAUAAUGUUAUUGAAGUAAUACACAGUAAAGUGGAGGAUGUUAUUCUGCCAGACGAAUUAAAAGUUGAUGCUAUUAUCUCUGAAUGGAUGGGAUUCUAUUUGCUACACGAGGGUAUGUUGGACUCCGUAUUAAUUGCGAGGGACAAGUUUCUCAAAGAGGAUGGUGAAAUGUUUCCGGAAAGUGCUGGAAUAUAUGUUGCACCAUGUAGUGUUCCCGAAUUAUAUAAUAAAUGGACAAACUUCCAUGGUGUAUCACUAACAACAUUUGCAAAGCAACUUCGUGUGAACAAAAGCAGUAAGCCAGAAAUUAUGGUGAUAAAUAAUCAAGACCUGAUCGGUAAUGAAGUACCCAUGGCAUGGAUUAAUUUGAAGGAAGAUACAGUCAAUUAUCUAGAUUGUUUUAGCAUUACACAUGUUGCAGCGGCGACAAAAUCAGCUAAAUAUCAAGGUAUCUGUCUGUGGUUUGAGUGUUACUUCCCUCAAAUAUCCAGUGAUGAACAGGUUGUGUUGAAGACCGGUCCAAACAGUGCUUCAACUCAUUGGAAACAAACAGUCAUAUUAUUACCUGAACAGAUAGAGGUUGAAGAACAAGAGCCUAUAGCGUUCCAGUUAGAUAUGAAAAGAGAUUUGUCUAAUUCUAGAAGGUAUAAUCUUGAAUUCACAAUGCUCGACCCUGAAGAAGUAGACCACCCUCUACCAUGUUCCUGUCAUAUGACAAAAUGUAUUCUGAUCAAGACUGUGAUGCUCCAACAGGAAAACCAAAUGAAUCAAAAUAACAAAGAAAAUUCAAAUGUCUUAGAAGAUGAGAAAAUUGAUGACGAAUGA